CUUCUUCAUAAACAUCCAAAAACCUGUCAAGAUUCAAGACCCUCUUCAGUUCUGUCUUGUUAAUUGUUUCCUUCUAAAGCAGUUCUUAUUUUGGUCUUCUAGCUGUAUUUUUUCCCUUAAUUACCAACUUUUUCCUUGAGGGGCCUUUUUUUCCUUUUUUUUUUUUUUGCCUUUUCUGGGGAUUUUUCUCCUAUGGACAGCCAGCAUCAUGGCUGUCGUCUUUCUUCCCUCUAAUUUCAUCUAGUUGAUCUUAUCAAUUAUUUCUCCCUAUCAUUAUCACCAACUGUAGGGGGGUGGUCUUUAUUUUUCCUUUGUUGUUUAUAGGUUAUUUUUCAUUUUCUGUCAGAGAUCUAAUGCGUCUUGCAGCAGGUAUUUCAACUGCUUAAGGGAGAAAAACUUCGGAGGAUUCUCUUCUGUUGUCUCUGUGUAAGCUUCACAAGGUGUUCUUUACUUCUCCAAGUGGUUAUGUUCUCUCUCAAGUUGAAAUUUCAGGAGUCUUCGUUGUUGGCCGACCCCUCUCUCCCUCUCUUGUAAAUUUGCUUCUCAUUCCAUUUGUUCUAGCCUUGUUUUUGGGUCAUGCUUUAUUCCUUAGAACUCAAUACGCCCUUUUGAUAUUCUCCUCAAUGAAUGGUGAAUUCUAGGUGAUUACAUAGUUGUUGCAAUUUUCUCGAUUGCAUUAUUGAUUGGGUUUUCGUUUUUCUAGAUAUUUAUCUCAAAAAAAGAAAAGUAAAAAAGGACUAGAAUUGGCACAGCUGAUACCAAGCAGUUGGGUUAUAGCUUUGUUCAGUUGGAUUUAAUUGGAUCCCAAGAGGGUUGCUAGUUUUCUUUCCCUGAAAAUUGGUCCUCUUUGUUAUUAUCUUCCUCUGCUUUGGAGUUUUGUGCUCAUAAUGCCUCCUUCAUACUUUCCUCUUCGGUGGGAGAGCACUGGUGAUCAGUGGUGGUUUGCUUCCCCCAUUGAUUGGGCUGCUGCAAAUGGCCACUAUGACUUGGUCAGGGAGCUCCUUCGCAUUGACAGCAAUCACCUUAUCAAGCUCACCUCACUUCGCAGAGUUCGCCGUCUUGAAACUGUGUGGGAUGAUGAAGAACAGUUCCAUGAUGUUGCUAGGUGCCGCUCUCAGGUGGCUCAAAAGCUACUUGUCGAGGGUGAAUCUAAGAAAGGAAAGAAUUCUCUCAUCAGGUCUGGCUAUGGUGGAUGGUUUCUAUAUACUGCUGCCUCAGCUGGAGACUUGGGUUUUGUUCAGGAACUGCUUGAAAGAGACCCUCUUCUUGUUUUUGGAGAAGGAGAAUAUGGUGUUACUGAUAUACUUUAUGCUGCUGCCAGGAGCAAGAAUUGUCAGGUUUUUAGGCUGGUUUUUGAUUUUGCAGUCUCCCCAAGGUUCUCCACCGGCAAAGGUGGAGAGCUGGAGGAGCAAAUUGGGGAGAUCCCUUCUGUUUUUAAGUGGGAGAUGAUAAAUAGAGCUGUUCAUGCUGCUGCCAGAGGGGGAAAUUUGGAGAUUUUGAAGGAGCUCCUUAGUGAUUGCUCAGAUGUUUUGGCAUAUAGAGAUAUUCAAGGAUCAACUAUCUUACAUGCAGCUGCUGGCAGAGGGCAAGUUGAGGUGGUUAAAGAACUUGUAGCAUCCUUUGAUAUCAUCAACUCAACAGAUAAUCAAGGCAACACGGCAUUGCAUGUUGCUGCCUACAGGGGUCAAUUAGCAGUGGUUGAAGCCUUGAUUCUUGCUUCUCCCUCCUCCAUCUCCUUGAAAAACAAUGCUGGAGAAACUUUUCUCCAUAUGGCAGUGUCUGGUUUUCAAACCCCUGGAUUCCGAAGGCUGGAUCGACAGGUUGAGCUUAUGAAGCAAUUAGUAUGUGGAAAAGUUUUCAACAUGGAAGAAGUCAUCAAUGCAAAGAAUAAUGAUGGAAGAACCGCUCUUCAUAUGGCUAUCAUUGGGAAUAUUCACUCAGAUCUAGUGGAACACCUGACGACUGCACGCUCAAUUGAUGUGAACAUGCGUGAUGUAGAUGGCAUGACUCCACUUGACCUCCUUAGGCAACGGCCUCGAUCAGCAUCUUCAGAAAUACUGAUCAGGCAGUUGAUUUCUGCUGGGGGAAUCUUCAGUUGUCAAGAUUAUACUGCAAGAAGGGCCAUAAUUUCCCAUUUAAAGAUGCAAGGUACUGGUGGAAGUAGUCCUGGAACUUCCUUCAGUAUCUCUGACACAGAAAUAUUCUUGUGCACGGGCAUUGAGAAUGAGUCUGAUGUCAGCAUGGAUCAAGGUAGCGGAGGACUGAGUUCAUAUUCAGCUGACACGAGUCCAUUUGAGUCAGCCCUUGAGAAUCCCAACUCAUCAACUUAUAAGAAAGCAAAUACGGUAAAUUAUGCAGCACAACGCCUAAAAAGCCUGCUUCAUUGGCCACGGGCAAAAGAGAAAAAACCAGAGAGGUUCAAGAAAUUGGGAGAUGACAAUUCAGUGGAGUCACAUAAGAAGGGGAGCAAUUUGGAUGAAACUCCAACCCCACUGCGGCAGAGAUUUUCAAAGCCCCCAGCACUGUCCAACAACAAACGAACACUUGCUGUUAGGAGCAAUCUAGCAAGCCCAGUUGCCAAGAAGAAAUUUGCUUCAGGGUUAAAGCAUGGCAUCAUGCAGUCCAUGCCCCAUAUAACCAUUCCAGGUCGAUCACGCUCAAGUUCAUUCUCAAAAUCAUCAAUUUCCUCACCUGGUUCAUUGGAUAAACAAAAGGGUAUUUAUGUUGAGAGCGAUUCAGGGAGACCGUCCAGCUCCAAUCAAAUAUUUGCCGAUGGAACACCAAAUUUGAUUCACAAAUCCGGAUCAGCUAAUAAGAGGCUGAUGAACCAGUACUUCUGUUUUGGCGCACCAGGCCUCUCUGUGAAAAACCCAGUCACCAGACAUCAGCACAACCAGACUUACAAGCGUUCUGUUCUAUCAACAGCUUGAUCCACUCCUUGACAGAUAUGGGUUGCAGGAUGAUUUGGCUAUCAAAAUGAAAGCAAACAACUUCCCAGACCCAUGUGUCUCCAUUAGUACAAUAGAAGGUCAAGUCCCACAGCUAGUUGUUAAAUACUUCUGCUUUUCCUUACAUGUUUGUUUGCUUAGUGUGCUUAGAAAUCUACUACUCAGUUGUAAUCGAUCAUCCGAAUUAUGCUUCAGCGUAAUAUUCUGGGACUUCACUACGAAGAAAUGUAAUAUUCAGUGGUGACAGCAGUAAUUGGGUACCUAUGAACUUCAAUCUGCACCAAUGCUUAUAUUGGAUGAUAUGACUGCUGAUCUACAAGAUAAUAAAGGCUUGAUCUGUUUCCAUGGA